AUGAACACGGACACGUGGGACAUUGCAACGGACCUGCCCUUCUUGAUCGCGCGGGACGACCAGCUCAAAGAUGACCUCGCCAUCGUAUGCGAGCUCCUCUCUCCAGGUGAUGAUGUGACGGAUUCAACGUCCGAUGCAGCGACCGAGGGAGGUGAUUCCACGACCGCAGACGAUUCAGACACGUCAGCACCCCCAACGCUGCUCGCCAAACCCACCACAAAGCGCAAGGUGUCGUGUGCUCCCCCAGGGGCUCGGAACCAGUACCAGUUCCGACAGAAGCAAGAGAUCCAACUGCUGCAAUCCCAAGUCGAAACGUUGCAGGCCCAGUUGGCGGAAGCACAUGCAGCGGCCGCGGAGAAAAUGGACUUGCCCAAGUGGGAACGGGCGGCCCGCGUUGAAUUGCAAGCAAAGCUUCGUUCGCUGGGCGAAAACGAGAAGCUCAAGGCCGACAUAGCGACCCAGUCGACGUUCCUCGGCGAAAUGGAAAAGUACUUUCGAAAGAAACCUCGUUUGACGAUGGAGACGGACGUGCAGUCGGAGGAGUGGCAGUCGUACAAGUUGGCGGCGCAAGCAUCCCUUCGCGUCGCUGCGAUACACGCAAUCGCGGAUCGGCAAUACCGGCGCAUGGACACGGCGUUCAUCAACGCCGGACUGAUCGGGGUCACGACCAACCUCUUUCGGUACAAGCCGAUCCGACAGCCCCACAACAAGGUCCUUGUCGAGUUGGUCAACCAUGUGACACUGGCUGCGCCAUUCCACACGGUCGGCUUGUGUGCAUGGCACACAUUUCAUCUGCCCCACACGUCGGCCACGAGCUCGACGUCGAUUGAAGUGGUGGACCCCAACACGAUCUACGAACAGUGCACAGAAACCAAGCACGGCGUCGAGUGCCACUCGAACACAAUCUGCAAAUUGUACACUGAGCCCAAGCGCGACGUGAUUGUGUGGCGGACUGUGCUCGAAGACGACUUGGCGCCACACAUGCUGAAAGGCGCAGUCGACGACCAAUGGGGAUGGAUCGUUCUCACUCCACUGGACAACCCCAACCAGUGCCGACUCACGCUACUUCUCCAAGUGUUGGCGGACGCGAGCGCCGAAGCGCCGCCGCAAUUUCGGCUCGACGCAUCUGUCGACAGCAUCACGAGCGGCCUGGAGCUCGUAUCAUGCUCAGCCACACCAGGCUCUUUCCCGAGGGAGCGGCAAGAAGUCACGGAAGGUCUCCCGCCCGCAUUGCUCACGUUUAUGGAGCGUGGACGGCGUAUGGAACACAGGCUACGCCGGGCAAUUGACCGUGCGAUCCGCGACUUCAACCACGCCACCACAGUACCAGCAGAGACACCGCCUCAAACUUAA